AUGACCUCACACCUCGACCUCUACGACGCCGAGAGCCUGAGAGCGAAAAUCGGCAAGAAAACACAUGAUUUGUUCAAGGCCAAGCCAGUAAAGCCGCAAUUACAAGUCAAUCGGUUUUUGAAGACGGGAAAUGGCGUGCGUUUUGCGCGAAAUCGGGAUGUCGAGGAUGUGUCGCAGCUAGAGGCUUUGUUACAUGAAUCAAAUGACUCUUCUCAAAUCUUCGUUAUUCGUCAAGAUCGCUCCUGGACAACUUUGAACAUCUCCCAAGAGCUGUUUGAGGAUUUCAUAAGUGUGUACGGUGUUUUCUCCCAGCUGUGGAACAUCACGUUCACGUUCGGGAGGAAAUGUGAGGAGAAUGAAUUUGCGUUUCCGGGUUUCAGGGCGCGACGGACUCCACGCUCGGGCUCUAGUCCAAAUGAGUUUUAUGGUUGGGACCCAGAAUCAGCAUAUAUCCUCCGCCGCGCGGAACUCAACCAUCGCAUGUUAACAGAAGGGCAGUCGCCAUGGUCUGUUCGGCAAACGGCUGUCUACCAUAAGCUCGGGAUCAACCCAAAUGAAACCAUGUCAUCCGCCUCCGCCCAUUCUAGUCCCCUUUCCAGAAGGUCUAGGUCAACCUUCCUCCUCAUUGCCCCCUCUCAGUCCCUUGAAAAGCAGCUCGCCCAGUCACUUGAAAUGGGUAUCUCGAAUGAGUGCGCAGUUGCCCAGUGCAAUGUGCACAGGCUGCUUGUUGCGGAUAGCUUGGGAGGUUGGACAGAAUACAUGGCUUGGUUGGAGGAACGAUUGAGUGAUCAGUCCAAUCGCAUGGUCUUCGCCAAAGUUGGGACAGAAAAGGAGUAUCUAUCCCCACUGACAGACUUCAACAUCAACUUCAUCGAUCGACAGACUCUCAAACUUCUUGAAGACUCUGUAAUUGACUUGGAGAUCAUUCUCUCCACUAUGUUGAAUACUAUCGUUGGGAUUCGCGAGCACUGUAGAAAGUGCUGUGAAAGGUAUUGUAGGGAAGAAAGAAAGGGAGAUUGUGAUUGUGAUCAGAUUGUUGAGGAGUUUGAUGAGCAUGUCAAGGAAGUAGAUUUGCAUGUUCGACGAGUGAAACUUUUGAGAGAGAGGGCGAAGUCUACCACGCAACUGGAGAAAAGCACAAAAGACGCCGCAGCGGUCAAGGUCCUAACAGUCAUUGGUCUUGUGUAUCUUCCUUCCACGAUAGUUGCGGCCAUAGAGAUACCAGCGCCACCGACCGACAAGAACUACGACUCUCCAGAACCAUCAAAUGCGGUUCCCGAAAUCUUAAUCGACGAGCCUGAACCUCUACCGGGAGAAGAUGCAGCGCCUCCACAGUCCCAUGCGUCGACGCGAUUGAACUCCUCGAGACGAAAUUCAAAUUCUUCGCUGCCCAAAAGCCAUGGUGGCAGCGUGUCACGGCAAUCUCGCAGCCGCUCCAGCAGCGAGAACUCGGCAACAGCUGGCUCACUCAGAGGACACCUAGAAAGCGCCCGAAAGGAAUGUCCUCCCGGCUCUCACUUGUUUAUUGUGCCGAACUGUGCUCAGGAAUCAUUGAUUACCAUCGCUGCCGUCGCGAAAGAGAUCCAAGCUGGAAACCGUUUUGGACCCGCAGAAGCUGUCGAACGUGCAAAAGAAGUAUGCCAAUCUGCGAGACAUUUGUUUGCUAUCCUUGCAUACAUGAAGAGGGGGGCAGAGAUAUGCACACUGUUAGAGGAAGGGGUGUCUGAUAAAGACCUACCCCUCCUGAGGAGGUCUGAUGGCCAGCAAAGAUUCGCACUGAAACUGAAAAAAGGAGAGUCCCUCAAGACAAUGGAGAAGUGGAGCGACAAAGAUCUGGAGAAAUUUGAUCGCUACCAAUACUGGAUGACUGCUCCUGUAUUCAAAGACAAACGACACUACAACCUGCACGACAACACAAUCUUACCGUUCAUUCCUUUCAAGCCCGAUGCAGAGACAGAGGAACCAAAGCAAGGCGGGUACAGCGAGGUCUAUCCAGUCCGUGUCCAUCCUUCGCAUCAUCAGUUCUGGAAGCGCUCGGCGUCAGAGAUCGACGAGCCAUUGAUUGCAAUCAAGAAGCUAUUCUCUUCUGAUCGGACGGAGUUCGCGAAGGAACAAACCAUUCUCAUAGCCCUCGGCUCCAGAAAUCAUCCCCACCUCAUCAAACUCUUGGCUACUUUCCAACACAAACAGAAAUAUCACUUGAUGUUUCCUUACGCGAACGCCAAUCUGAGGAAGUACUGGGAAGACAGGCCGCAUCCUAAUUUUGAUGAAGCAACCGUCUUGUGGUCGUUGAAACAGAUGACUGGUAUCGCAAACGCGUUGUGGGUGAUUCAUAACUUCACGCUGCCACUUCCGGUUGAUGGUCAGGUUCGAGUGCUAGAUGACGGCAUAUUAAGUGUGGAAAAAGAAGAAAAGAAGUUUGGUCGCCACGGAGAUAUCAAGCCUGAAAACAUCCUGUGGUUCAAGCAAAGCAGCGAAGUUGAAGAUGAGAAUGGGGUCUUACAGAUUGCGGACUUCGGUUUAGGGAGGUUUCACGGCCGAGACUCGCGAUCGAAGAUCAAUCCGGCCACUGUUUGGUCCUCUCCAACAUACGAGCCACCGGAGUGCAAGCUUCGCAGGUCUGUCUCUCGCUCUUACGACAUAUGGAGCCUCGGUUGCCUGUAUCUGGAAUUCAUCACCUGGCUCCUUAUGGGUUCCGCGGAGAUAGAAGGCUUUUCCGACUAUCGAGCCAGGUGUGCGAGAACGGGCAUCAACGAUGACAACUUCUACACGAUCUAUACGCGAUCUGGCAAUAGACCUGGAGCCGAAGUACGGGGCGAAGUCACUGAGUGGGUCAACAAACUCCACGAGCAUGGGAAGUGCUCUGCUGUGAUUCACGGACUCCUAGAGCUGAUAAUGGAGCAACUUCUCAUUAUCGACUCCACAGAACGUAUUGACGCAGCUGGUUUAUUCCGCAAGCUCGACAUUUUCUUGGAACGAGCAAAGACAGAUAAGCCUUACCUACUUGACCCACUGCCGCGAGCCCAGAAGGCCGGGAGUGGGAUGCCUCCGUCUCGUACUCUCGGAGCGCUGUCAUUCAACCAAGAGCUCAGCAACAUCCGAGGGAUUUGGUUCUUCGUAUCGAGGGAACCCCGAGUUUUAUGCUAA